AUGGAUCAACAAGUACCCCUCAACUACGAGGCCUCGGCCGGCGAUACUAACAAGCAGGUUACUGCGACUCUGCCCCAAGAGGUCGUCCAAUGCCUGGAGAACGCGCGAUUCCUUCACCUCGCUACGUGUACCGAUAACAUCCCGAAUGUUUCCCUCAUGAACUACACCUACCUCCCCUCGUCCACCUACUCGUCUGGUCCGGUCAUCGUCAUGACCACAAACCCCGCCUCGAGAAAGACGCAGAACCUCCUAUCGAACCCCAACGUCUCUCUCCUCGUCCAUGACUGGUCCUCCCACCGACCCCCAACCCACGGCCGACGUCCCUCCGGCGGCAGUCCCGGUCCCGAACACCGCUCCAGCCUAGCUUCGCUCCUCCUCAACCUCAACACAGCUGCGGUAUCCAGCAUCAGUGCCACAAUCAACGGAACGGCGAGGUUAGUCGACAACGGCUCCGACGAAGAAAAGUUCUACCGCGAGGCGCAUCUCGAAAACAACACCUUUGAUGAGGGCGGCCAGACGUUCAACCCGAGCGUGCAGGCCGAGGACGGAGGGAGGGGUUGCUUCGUUGCCGGCGAGGAAGUACGAGUCAUUGUUGUCACGAUCAAAGAGAUGAGAAUCAGCGACUGGAAGGGCGCCGUGAGGGAUUAUGUCCUUACAGAGGGUGCCCCUGCGGCUGCCCAGGUCAAUGGCGUGCGGUAG